CAUUUGACAGUAUUGUGACUUUACAAACAAUCUCGUAAAUAAACGCAGUGAAAUUAAUGAAACUCAUCUGAAAAUCCUUAGAAUAAAUAGGAUUUUGUUUGAAAAUUUCGACAAAUUUUCAAUCGACUAGAAAUAAAAUGGCAAAUGAUCGUGAAGUGUUGCGAAUCAUAUGGGAAGGACAGAUUCCCAUUUGUUUUCAGGCUGAUCUAGACGAAGCAAACGCUGUUCGACAGCCUGAAAACUUUUAUUUGAUGGUGUCUCGUCUUUCAUAUUUGCCACUGGUCACCGAUAAAGUUAAAAAGCACUUCAGUAGAUUCGUUUCAAAUGAUGCACAAGAGGGCGAAGUUUGGUUUGACUCAAAUGGAAUCCCAUUGAAAUGGCACUAUCCCAUAGGAGUUCUAUACGAAUUGACAAAACGUGACGACGAAUUACCAUGGUGCAUUACAAUCCAUUUCAGUAAAUUCCCAGAAGAAAUUCUAUUUCGAUGCCCAAACAGAGAAAUCGUUGAAUCACACUUCAUGUCAUGCCUCAAGGAAGCCGAUGUGCUGAAACAUCGCGGACAAGUUGUAUCAAGAAUGCAGAAAAAAGACCACAAUCAAUUGUGGCUGGGAUUAGUCAACGAUAAAUUUGAUCAAUUUUGGUCGGUGAAUAGGCGUCUAAUGGAACCAACCAGCGAAGAUGGUUUCAAAUACAUUCCAAUUAGAUGUUACAAAGAGGAUGGGACGUAUAUACAAAAAUUGGUGCCGCCCAACAGUGAUAACGGAUUAAAACGCACCGUGCAAAAUUUACUGGACGAUUUUUCAACACCUGCACAAAAAGCUGUAACGUGCUUAACACAUGGCAUCGAAGUUGAAAAAGAAACCCCGCUGCAAUGGCUAAGCGAACAUCUAAGCUACCCGGACAAUUUUCUACACAUUCAUUUGAUUUGGGAAACGAUACAGGAAACGAUCGCAUAAUUAAUUUACCACAUCGAAAUAUUGUGUCGACAAAACACUGAAAUUCCACUGAAAGUGAUCGCUGAUUUCGAACAAUUGACGAGGUUUUUAAUCACAUGUUCGGAUAAAUUUUUAUGCAUUAGAAUAGAAAUAAAAGAGAAAACAGUUUUUGAGCUGUAUAAUGAAAUUUAUCCUCAACACAACCAGCCAAUGUGUAUCCUGAAUCCAAAUUUUUUGUGUAUGUGUGCUUUGUUAUAAACUGUGAACUAUGGCAUUUUGAAUAAUCACAAUUAAAUAUAUGCUCUUCUUUCUUAUCUCAAACAAA